CUGUGGAAAGCAACAGGUCUCGCGCCGCGGCGGCUGAUUGGUGCGCGUUCCCACGUGACUUCCGCUUCCUCCUUCCGUCCCGCUCCGUCCAGGAGCAGAUUCCGAGGGUGUCUGAGGGGAGCUCCGGGUUAGUGUCCGGCAGCGUCCCCUGUCUCCUGCUCGCGGCCUCUGCUUGUCCUCCCUCCCUGUCCCUGCCUCAUCCCUUUUCCUCCCCCUCCUUCCUCCUGUUGUCUCGCUCCUCUCCCCUCCCCCAGCCUCUUUCCCUGGAUUAUUCGUUCCUUUAUUAAUGAGGAUGGAUGGCAGCCCUCCGCACAGCCCCACUUAGCGUUUGACUCAGUAGCCGCGGCCGUUCCUGGCCCUAAAGCCCGGGCCUCGGCUCUGGCCGUUUGUCCCUGGGGCACUUGUGACUUAUUUUGUCCAUUUUCCAGCUCUCGGCCCUUUCCCAGGAGGAGUGAGCAAGCCCGGACACUGGGAUGGCCCCCGGGCUCCUGACCACCAGGGCCCGCCAGGAGCCGGUGACCUUCCAGGAUGUGGCCGUGGUCUUCACCCCGGAGCAGUGGGCUUCCCUGGACCCUUCGCAGAAGGAGCUCUACCGGGAUGUGAUGCUGGAGACCUUCAGCAACCUGCUCUGCCUGGGACUGGCUGUGUCCAAGCCUCGGGUGAUCCACCAGCUGGAGAGAGGGGAGGCACCUUGGAGGCCAGAGGGGAGAGUCCCAGGGAGCAGCCACCCAGAUUGGGAGACUAGACCCGAAACCACAGAGUCAGUUCCCAAAGUGGGCAUAUCUGUAGAGAAUUUGUCUCUAAACAGACUGACAAGGGAUGGUUUCUCUGUGUCCACCUUGAAAGAAGUCUGGGCAUGUGAUGCAAGGUUAGGGCAACAGCAGAGCAUUGACGAGAAAACCAAUCAGCACGUAAAAGUCACCCAAAGGAAAAUUCACAGUGAUGUGAGAGGCUCUGAAGGUAAUAAGUAUGCCCAAAGUUUCAGUCUGGAACCAAAGCUUUUUGUGCAACAAAGAGUAAUUAUAAGAGAGGAUCUCCACAGAUGUGAUUCAGGCAGAAAAAACAUUCUGUCUUCAGAACCAAGGAAGUGGCCUAGGAUUUGCUCUAAAGAGAUGGAUUCUAGGCAUACUGAAUGUGAGAAAUUCUUCACUUCUCAUUCAGACUUUAUUACAUAUCAUCGACUCUACUUUGAAGAUAAACAAGAUAAUUUGAAUGAAUGUAGGAAACCUGUUGGCUUCAGUGCAUAUAUUAAUUCUCAUCAGCAUAUUGAUAUUGAAGAGAAAGUCUCUAAAUAUAGUAAAUUUGAGAAGGCUUCCAUCCAAACUAUACAACUAAUUGAACAUCAGAGGUUUCACACUGGAGAGACACCUGAAUAUAGUGAAUAUAGGGAGCGUUUCGACCAUGGUUCCUCCCUUACUUCCCAUCAAAUGAUUCACCCCGAGAAGGAACCUUACCAUUGUUUCAAGUCUUUCCUUCAGAGUUCACAGCAUCCUCAUCACCAGCAAAUUUAUACUGCAGAGAAGCUUUAUGAAUGUAAUCAAUGUGGGAAAGCCUUCCUUCGGAGAGGUCAGCUUACGCAGCAUCAGAAAACUCAUACUGGAGAGAAACCUUUUGAGUGUCGUGACUGUGGGAAAGCCUUCCGCCUGAAAGAACACCUUACUCGACAUCAAAGGAUUCAUACUGGAGAGAAACCAUAUGAAUGUAAUGAAUGUGGGAAGGCCUUCCAUCUGAGAGAACUUCUUUCUCUCCAUCAGAGUAUUCAUACUGGAGAGAAGCCUCAUAAAUGUAAUGAAUGUGGAAAGGCCUUUAGCCAGAGAGGACAUCUUAAUCUACAUCAGAGAAUUCAUACUGGAGAAAAGCCGUAUGAAUGUAAUGAUUGUGGGAAGCUUUUUCGUCUGAAAGAACACCUUACUCGACAUCAGAGAAUUCAUACUGGAGAGAAGCCUUACGAAUGCAAUGAAUGUGGGAAGUUCUUCAGACGGAGAGGACUUCUAACUCGACAUCAGGUUAUUCAUACUGGAGAGAAACCUUACAAAUGUAAUGAAUGUGGGAAGGCCUUUAGCCUGAGAGAAUCAUUUACUCGACAUCAAACCAUUCAUACUGGAGAGAAGCCUUAUGAAUGUAAUGAAUGUGGAAAGGUCUUCAGUCUGAGAGGAUCAUUUACUCGACAUCAGAGUAUUCAUACUGGAGAGAAACCUUAUGAGUGCAAUGAAUGUGGGAAAGCUUUCCACCUGAGUACAGAGCUUACUCGCCAUCAGAGGAUUCAUACUGGAGAGAAACCUUAUGAAUGUAAUAAAUGUGGAAAGGCCUUCCACAUGAGCACAGAGCUCACCAGACAUCAGAGGAUUCAUACUGGAGAGAAGCCUUAUGAGUGUAAUGACUGUGGAAAGGCCUUCCACCUAAGAGAAUACCUUACCCGACAUCAGAGGAUCCAUACUGGAGAGAAGCCAUAUGAAUGUAAUGACUGUGGAAAGGCCUUCCGUCUGAGAGAACAUCUUACUCGACAUCAGAGGAUUCAUACUGGAGAGAAACCUUAUGAAUGUAGUCAGUGUGGGAAGGCCUUCCACUUAAAAGAACUCCUUACUCUCCAUUGGAGUGUUCAUACUGGAGAGAAACCUCAUAAAUGUAAUGAAUGUGGAAAGGCCUUUAGCCAGAGAGGACACCUUACUGUACAUCAGCGAAUUCAUACUGGAGAGAAACCUUAUGAAUGUAAUCAAUGUGGAAAGGCCUUCCAUGCAAGAGAACUGCUUACCCUCCAUCAGAGUAUUCAUACUGGAGAGACACCUUAUAAAUGUAAGGAAUGUGGGAAGUUCUUCAGCCAGAGAGGACAUCUUACUGGGCAUCAGAGAAUUCAUACUGGAGAAAAACCUUAUGAAUGCAAUGACUGUGGGAAAGUUUUUCGUCUGAAAGAACACCUUACUCAACACCACAGAAUUCAUACUGGAGAGAAGCCUCAUAAAUGUAAUGAAUGUGGGAAGGCCUUCAGCCGGAAAGAACACCUCACCAGACAUCAGACAAUUCAUACUGGAGAGAAACCUUAUGAAUGUAAUGAAUGUGGGAAGGCCUUCAGCCUGAGAGGAUCACUUAAUCGACAUCAGAGUAACAAAUGUCAUCCCGUAUUUGGAAAUUAGGCUAAGGUUUUAUAAGACCUGACUGUGGACAGCUACAAAAUUCUGAGAAAUGAAACAAAAUAAGAGCUAAAUAAUUGGGUGGAAUCCAGUAUUCAUAGGUUUUUUUUUUGUUGUUGUUGUUUUUUUGGUUAACAAAAAUGCUUCUCAAAAUAAUUUACAAAUUUCACAGAAUACUAAUAAAAAUAAAAAUUUGUAACUGUUCAAA